CUGAGGAAGAAUAUGCUUCCCAGUCUAGACUACUUCAAGAAUUUACUGGUAUUUCCAGCAUUGAUAAGGCAUGGAUAUUUAAAUCUGACAGCGGAAUUGGAUCCCAGGCAAUGUUUUCAAUUAGUCAACCAAAUCUUUUGGCAAACAAAAGGAAGAAGUUCAUUCUGUCCUCUCAUGUUUUAAGAGAAAGUAACAAUUCUGUAAAUUUCCAAUGGGCCCCAUUUCCUGUGGAGAUGACAGGAGUCUCUGUGAUGGUUCCAUCACCAUCUGGUGCAAAGCUUCUCGUAUUAUAAGUAUCUUCAUGAACAUUAGUGGUUUGGGGAUUUCAUUUGCAUAGAGUUUUUUGUUUUUUGUUUUUAGGCAUCUAUAACUUAUGCACUUCUGGUAGAUGCUUUAGAAGGUGAUAUUUCAUGUACUUUUAGGCAUAUUUAAGAAUUUAAUAAUCUUGUAACUGAAAUGCUGCAGGCACCAGAUAAAUUUGCUGCGGCAGCAACAAGAAAUCCUGCUUGUAACCUCGCAUUGAUGGUGGGCACGACAGACAUCCCAGAUUGGUGCUAUGUGGAGGCCUAUGGAAGUGAGAGUAAAAAUACAUUCACAGAAGCACCUUCAGCUGAGCAUCUGACUCUCUUUCACAGGAAAUCUCCUAUUUCACAUAUCUCAAAGGUCAAAACACCAACCCUUUUUCUUUUGGGUGCUCAGGAUGUUCGUCUUCCCGUUUUUACUGGAUUGCAAUAUGCUCGGGCAUUGAAGGAAAAAGGAGUUCCUGUCAAAGUCAUUGUGUUUCCAAAUGAUACUCAUGCAAUUGAGAGGCCACAAUCCGACUUUGAGAGCUUUCUGAAUAUUGGUGUGUGGUUCAAGAAAUAUUUAUCCUACAUGAGCCAGCAUUUCUCUCCCCUGCUUUUACUGUACAAAUCUUUAAUGCAAUAUUGCUGUUUAUUAAAGUUCCACUCUGUAGGUUUGAUCCACUUAUAACCGAACUCUUCACCUUGAACUUGUUGAAGGUGGCUAGCCAUGCCUUUGUUCAUCAUGUAUAAUCUGCAAUCUGGAUGGCAAAUAUUUAUGUUUUAGAAGCUAACAUUAUCGAAA